CCGGCCUUGAAAACUCCAUCUAUCUAUAUAAGUGAAGCUCUACUAUACACAUCUCAUCAACUACAACCCAUCCAUAUAUAUUCUUACCUAGCUAGCUACCUAUUACUUCGUAUUAAACAACAUACGUACAACCCCUUUGUUCCUAGCCAUAUCAUCCUAUUCAUCUUCAACAACAUUACACGUAAGUACGAAGAAUGGCGAGCACCGCAUCAACAUGGUAUUUGCUACUACUCCUUGCCUUUAGCUUCAUGCUUCUUACGGAGGCUGCCCAGCAAAACGUUUCCCUGACUUUCGUUGAUCAUGCCGUUGAAAAGGGCGCUGUUUGCUUGGAUGGGUCUCCCUCUGUAUACUAUUUUGACCAAGGAGAAGGUCAAGGGCUGGACAACUGGCUCAUCUUUUUAGAAGGAGGAGGGUGGUGUUCAAACCAAAGCGAGUGCAAAGAGCGUUCCGAAUCAAAGUACGGUUCGUCUACACUGAGGGAUCAAUACAGGGACUUCGAGGCAUCUCUCCUCUCCAACGACUCACAAGAAAAUCCAAAAUUCUACAAUUGGAACCGAGUUUAUGUUCCAUAUUGUGAUGGAUCUUCAUUCACUGGAAACACGGAGGCCGCUGAUAGUGUUACAAAUGUAACCUACAGAGGCUUAAGGAUAUUUGAAGCGACAAUGGCAGAUCUGCUUGCCAAAGGAAUGGAACAAGCUCAAAAUGCACUGCUAAGUGGAAGUUCAGCAGGAGGAGUGGCUGCAUUUGUCCACUGUGACCGCUUUCGAGAUUUGCUUCCCAUCACUGCUCAAGUCAAGUGCCUCUCUCUUGCUUCCUAUUUUCUGCAUAUGGAUGAUUCAAUGGGAGGAGGAUAUUUCGAGAAUGCAUUUGAGGCGUUGAUUACCUUACAUGGAUCAACCGAAGCCUUGCCCUCCUUGUGUACUUCCAUAAUGAGCCGCCCCAGUCUUUGUUUCUUCCCACAAUACCUUACUUCUUAUGUGAAGACACCAACCUUCAUAGCCAUGUCAUCCUUUGAUCAUAUACAGAUAAGGUAUAACCUGUCUCCCGCCCAUGAGACGUGUCUGCUAAAUUUUAAUUGCACAUUGGAACAGAAGAGAGCAAUACAAGAUUUAAGAUGGGAUUUGUUCCAAGCGCUGCCUAAAGCGCAUCCCUUUGUAAGAGGAUUUUGGUUUACUCACUGUAUUGCUCAUGAGUUGCCUUACAAUUGGAAUGAUGUGAAGAAAAUGGAAAGUAUCAUGGGCGAUGAGACACUCCCUCGAGUAUUUGAUGAUUGGUAUUUCAAUUAUCAGUAUCUCCUAGUCAUUGAUUCAUCAGAUGAACCAAGAAAUUGUUCUGACAUUGGAAUAAGCCCCACAUGACCAAAUUGAACGUUUAGCAUGAUAGGUGAUUAUAAACAUCUUUGUUGAGGAAAUCCAUUGUAACAGAGUUGUUAAAUUUCUUAUCAAUGCUACUUUGAGUAACAUCAUGAUAUCAUUAGUGAACUGAUUUAAAACUUGUGUCACUAUUGUAUUUUUAUGAUACUAGUCUGGGUUUCAAUUUUCAAAU